UUACUCACCUUUGAUAUAGUUGUAAAAGAAUGUUUGUCAAAUUUUGAAAUAAUGCUAGGCAAAACUUUACUCGUUUUUCUGGCAUCCUUCAUCGUGCAAGCCAAAUUACCAAUGGCCAAAUCGAAAUCGAUCCUGUCGCUCAAUCCGGCGAGUUUUGAAAGCGCCACAAAGAGCCGGAUUUUUUUAGUUGAGUUUUACGUGCCGGAAUGUCCGAGCUGUUCACGUUUGUACCUCGUGUUGACUACCCUGGUUGUUAUCGUAGAGGACAGGUCCAUUAACGAUAUCGCAAUCGGUGCGAUUGACUGUCGAAAGCAUGAAAAGUUCUGUAUCUCGAAAAAUGUAACCAGCUAUCCAAGUUUGGCGCUAUUCGAAAAGGGCGGCUCGCAGCACGAACUCUUCAACGGACCCGUUGACCUUUACACCUUGAUCAAGUUGCUAAGGUUGCAAAAUAUUCCUGUGGAUCGUGAAUACAGAGCCGAGACGAUUUGCGUGCCCGGCUCUGUUUUCAAACUGAGCUCUGAUACCUUCCAUGCGACAAUUGCCAACGGCAUAUAUUUUAUCAAAUUUUUCUCAUCCACCUGCCACUACUGCACCGCCUUGGCGCCUGUUUGGACAGAACUGGCCCAGGGGAUGACAGACAACACUUUGUGCAUUGCUGAGUACGAUUGCGAAUCGGAGAGGUCCAUCUGCAAUGAACUAAACAUCAAAAGUGUGCCGACCAUGCUUUGGUUCCAAAACGGUCGAGUUGUCCAAAAGUUCAAAGGAGGACGCGACAUCGAUAACCUACGCACGUUCGUCGGGCAGAUGCUCAAUGGCACCUAUAAGGCGGCGGCGGCGGCGGCUCUGGCAACAGUCACAAUUGACAAGGCCAAUACCCUAAUGUGUACUUUCGUAGUUUUUGCUUACAUUUACAUAACAUAGGGGUAUUACCCAUAAAUUGUCUCUGUCUCUAUCCAAGCACUAACAGCAGUAAAGGUUAAUGUGAAAGCAAGAGAAAA